AAGAAUUAUACAAUAGAAAAUUGUAUUGAGCAAGAAAAUGCCAGCUAUAAUUAUUAAAGAUUUUUCUUGGCGUCAAACUUCAGAAUUUGUUAUAUUAAACGUACCUUUGAAAGGCCAUCCAAAAAAGGUUGACUUAUUCGUAAUAGAUAAUUAUGUAAAGAACAAGAAGCAAUAAUUACUUUAUGUAAAGCAAACAUCAGUUUGGAAUGGCCUAUUCUUGAAGUACAAGAUAUUAAUAAUGAUUUUAAACAAGAUUACCGUGCUCAAGCUUUAGAACAUGCUCAAAAACUUGCCAAAGAAAAAAUCAAACUUAAGAGUGAAAAACGACAACAUUUGCAAAAAGAAGCGGUGAAAGAACAACUCAGUGUCAAUACAGCUACAUUAAAUAAAAUAGAUGCGAUACGUGAUGCACAGCGGAAAGAAGCAAUGCAAGAAUUUGAAGACUGGAGAUUAAAAACUGAAGUACCAUUAUUUUCUAACGUUGAAGGGGAAAUACAAGAAAAUAGAAAAGCUUACAAACCACCGUUAAAAUGGUUUAAAGAUGAUGAUAAUAGAUUAAAAUCUCGACUAAUGACCGAAAAAGAAAUAUUUAAUAAUAACGGCACCAUAAAAAAAUUUAAAUCCAAAGCAAUCGAUAAAGGAACAGUUAUAGAAGUACAAUCAGUAAAUACAAAUCAAAAGAGUAAUCUUCAAAUAAAAAUAUCAGAGAAGAAAGAUGACUUCAUUAACAAAAAUGAUGCCAGUUGUUCUGAAGAUUCUGAUUCCGACUCUAAUGUAGAGAAAGCGAUAAAUAAAAAAAAAUUAGAUAUGGUUUAUGAGAAAGAACAAAAAAGAAGACCAGGAUUGGAAGCUGUAAAAGUUGCGAUACAGGGCAAUAUUUUGAAAAGAAAUAACAUAUUUGAAGAACCUUCGAAGUCAGUACCGUUACCGAGAAAAACGGGUACAAUUAACAUUACAUUUUCGGAACGGAAAUUCCCAACGCCGGCUAGGGAAAGCUCUCACGUGGAAGAACAAGAAUGGCUGCAAAAGCAAGCGGAAGCAAGACGUAAAAUUGGUUUUGACGCGGAAGACCUACGAUCAGAGGAACGAGAUCCGCAAUGGUUAAAAGAUAAAGGAGAUGAUUUUUUCAAAGUUGGAAAUUAUCUGGCAGCUAUAAGCGCUUAUACAUAUGGCAUUAAAAUUAGUGAUAAAAUGUCAUCCCUGUAUGUAAAUAGAUCAGCAGCACAUUAUGCAUUGGGGAAUUAUUAUAGAUGUGUAGAAGACUGUUCUAAAGCACUAGAACUAAUGGAACCGAAAUGCGAAAGCAAUCGAGAGUCAAGGGCUAGGUGUCAUGCUCGACGAGGCGCAGCUUUUUGUAAAUUAUCCGCGCCUCAGCAUGGUAUUCCUGAACUACAAGUUGCCCUAGAAUUAACACCGAACAAUGAAAGUAUAAAACAUGACGUAUUAGCUGCAAAACAAUAUUUUAACAUCAAAGAUUAACAAGUAAGUAGGUAAACUAAUUGUUCGGCUAAUUGAAAGAACUCAUGGAACGCUAUUUCUUCGUGUUAUUUUUUUAAAUAAAGCAUCAGAUAUAAAAACAGAAAGUAUUUGAAAAGGAAUUAAACGUAAAAUAUGUUUUCCAAAAACGUUUAUUAAUAUGUUAUUUAAAAAAAAACAUAUGUAAUACUUAUAAAAAUAUCACAGUCAAAAAUCCUGAAGAGUGA